CAAGGUAACACUCUCUCUUACCUCUCUGCACCUUCUGCCUUAUCCUCAGAUAUAUAUAGAGAGAGUGUGUUUAUGUGUGUGUGCUAGAGAGAGAGAGAGAGAGAGAGAGAGAGAACAUUUGUUGUCUACUUUUGUUCUGUUUGCCAAAAAGGUUCGAAAUUGAAUUCGGUUGUGGUUGGUUGCUGUUUGAGGAAAGAAAAAAAUGAAGGACUUCCCUUCAUGCUUUGGUGAAAAUGCAGUUCAGGUUGCAGAUUCUUCAUCUUCAAACGCGAGCAAAACUGCACAGAAUCUAGUUAUCUGCGUUUACCAAUGCCGGAUAAGAGGUAAGUGCUGCUUGAUAACCAUCACGUGGAGUAAGAGCUUGAUGGGGCAAGGGCUCAGCGUUGGGAUCGAUGAUUCGUCAAAUCAGUGUCUGUGUAAGGUGGAUAUCAAGCCCUGGGUGUUUUCCAAGAGAAGGGGUAGUAAGAGCUUAGAGGCUUAUUCUUGUAAGAUUGAUGUGUAUUGGGACCUUUCUUCUGCUAGAUUUGGUGUUGGCCCUGAACCCUUGGAGGGGUUUUAUGUAGGAGUAGUUGUAGAUCGGCAAAUGGUUCUCCUUCUCGGAGAUUUGAGGAAAGAGGCCUUCAAGAAGUCCAGUGCCAUCCCAUUACCCUCUAAUGCAGUGUUUGUUGCCAAAAAAGAACAUGUUUUUGGCAAGAAGAUGUUUGGUAAUAAGGCUGUGUUCUGUGACAAUGGUCAGAUUCAUGAUCUUGUCAUAGAAUGUGACACUUCAGGGGUGUCUGAUCCGUGCCUCAUCAUUCGCAUAGAUAGCAAAACGGUGAUGCAGGUGAAGAGGCUGAAGUGGAAGUUUAGGGGAAACCAUACCAUCUUGGUGGAUGGCCUUGCAGUUGAAGUUUUCUGGGAUGUUUAUAAUUGGCUCUUUGGCACAUCUCUUGGAAAUGCUGUCUUUAUGUUCAGAACAUGCAUUUCCGAGGAAAAAUUGUGGGCUGGGCAACCCCUUUCUGAUGCAAAUGUGCUGCAGUGGUCGUUCUCUCAGAGGUUUUCUGAGACCAAGUCACAAGGUCUUGGCUUCUCCCAUAUUUUAUACGCGUGGAAGAACGACUAGAGUUGUAGAAAUCCACCAUACUCACCAUACUAACAGACCAUUUAGUGAGUUGUGGGUUAUCAACGAUGUGAUUGUUUUACACUUGAUUAAAGAUGAGUACUUUUGUUGUAUCGUUUCUACCCUUAAAUUCAUACCUCAAUAUAUCUGUGCAUUUGAACAGAUCAUGGACAUUUUUUUUC